AUGGCUCUGAACUCAAGAUGGUCUACGCCAGUUCCAAAAUGCUCUCUGCAGCAGUGGAUCUUUGGAUCCUGCUGCGAGCCGUUGGAUGAACCCGACAAGCCGCUCCUCAUCGAUGCGGAUCGCCCCGACACACAUUUCCUCACCAAGGACCAGUUUAGAUCACUCUCAAAACAAGUCGCAAUGGGCCUGAUUGAUGCUGGAAUACGCACUGGGGACAGAGUGCUUGUCUUCUCCUCCAACAACGUUUAUUUCCCCAGUAUCUUUCUCGGCAUAUUGAUGAGCGGUGGCAUGUUCACUGGUGCAAACCCAGCAUUCACACCGCGUGAGCUCGCAUAUCAGCUGAAGGAUUCGGGUAGCACUCACAUGUUUGCUGCUACAUCUCAAUUAGAGACAGCGUUGAAGGCGGCUGAGAUGGCGGGCUUGUCAAAGGAUAAGAUCUAUGUUCUCGACCCUUCUGUUGCUCCUCCCGUGGGAUCUGCAUCAGCAGCAUCGUCCGCAACCACUCGAUCAGAUGGCCUCCGUGUGUGGACGGAUCUUCUUAAGACCCAAGAAGAAGCCAGGAAUUGGCAAUGGGUUGAACCACAAGACCCUGAGAAGGCUGGUUGCUGCUUGAACUACAGCAGCGGCACGACUGGCGUCCCCAAAGGCGUCGAGAUCACUCACGCAUCAUAUGUCGCAAACGGCGUAGGUGUAGUCCAUAUAUCCGACCUGGAGCCUGAUCCUACUCUCCGAGCGAAAGCAAAGGGUCUAGGGUUCCUUCCCAUGUAUCACGCUUACGCGCAAACAUACUUCAUCUCCAUCUACCCACAAACCGGUAUACCAGUAUACAUCAUGCCGAGCUUCGACUUCGAGAAGAUGCUGCAGCACGUUGAGCGCUUCGGCAUAACCAGCCUCUUGUGUGUUCCUCCUAUUUUGGUCUACUUGUCAAAGCACCCGCUUGUCAAGAAGUACAACUUGAGCAGCGUGAACCGCGUCAGCUCUGGAGCUGCUCCACUGAGCCGUGAAACAGCCCAGGGCGUCGAAAAACUAUGGACGGAUGGGAGCGUCAACGUGAAGCAGGGCUGGGGUAUGACAGAGGUUACAUGUACAUGCAUGACAUGGGAUCCUCGCAUUCUGUGCGACCCUGCAGCGGUGGGAGAACUGGCCCCCAACUGUUCAGCAAGGCUUAUGCAUCUGGAUGGUAAGACGCCGGUAAUAAAGCCCGAGGAGCGUGGUGAGCUUUGGGUUACAGGCCCGACAUUGAUGAAGGGAUAUUGGAACAAUCCUAGUGCGACAGAGUCCUCUAUCGAUGUCGAUGAAAACGGCACAAGGUGGUUCAAGACCGGAGAUAUCGGAUAUGUCGAGUCUUUCAAGGAGGGGGCCAUCUUCCAUAUCGUGGACCGCAUCAAGGAGCUCAUUAAGGUCAAGGGCAACCAAGUUGCGCCAGCUGAGCUUGAGGCCGUGCUUCUAGAACACCCUGAGGUAGCAGACACUGCUGUUGUCGGAGUUCCCUAUGAAGAAGACGAGGUUCCUCGUGCUUACAUCGUCAAGACCGAGGGUUCCCAGAUGACAGAGGAGCAGCUCGUGGAAUGGAUGGAUGCCCGAGUGGCCAGGUAUAAGCGUCUCAAGGGUGGUGUCGUGUUUGUGGAUAUGAUCCCCAAGAAUCCGUCCGGGAAGAUUUUGAGACGACAAUUGCGAGAGAAGGCAAAGCAAGAGCUGGACCCUAACCGAAAACCCAGUUCUCGCCUAUAG